AUGCAUCUUUAUAGACCCGACUUUGUCUCGAGAGCCUCCACGCGUGGCAAAGCGGGAUUGUGGGUUCCCACCAAACGCGCCACUGCCCCACAUAUGAACCCCUCUACCCUCGCAAACACGUCCACUCUUGAGAGUGCCUCCACUUUAACCGAAUUCGGUCUCCCAAAGAUGGAUACUUCAUUGGGAGCAGUAAAAGAUCGAAGGCCACGCGUGUUAGUAAUCGGCGCGACGCCUGCAGCGUUUCUGUCCUGGUCGGCGAUUCACAAGGAAGGUGACUGCCGUGUCGUGGCCGUUGUUGGCAUCCCAAGUGCUUCAUUUGGGGCCCCCCCUCGCACCGAUCUAAAAGCCGGUGAAGAGGGAGAAAAGGCUCUGUUGGAGAAUACAACGGACUUUAUUACGGCAUGUAUUAAAGCAUUUGACCUGCCAUCGGACACAACUACUAUCAAUGCAACUCGGCCAGUGCGUGGGAAUGAGAAUCAUGAGUUGACCAAGACAGCCACUUACCCAAAAAGCUUGGACUCACCGACCACGGCGCCUGCUACCGUAAUGCGCGCACAAGACGAAGGUGACACCUCAACACCUAAGGAGAAGCUCAGAGGAAUCAAGGUUAUCACAAACAUUCAGCAUAUCUUCAAGGCACCAAUAGAGACACCUCUCGAGUCUUCUCUGUCUGUGUCACCGCGCAUUGGGGUGGAAACAGGAGGAAUCUUAGACGAUGUUGAUAUCGUGUAUGUUGCGGUGGACAGCCUUGCUGUACUUCCACCGCUGUCCGAUAUCAGCGCAAAGGCGGGAGUUACGGUGGCACUAGGGUCGUUCCCGCAGCCCACCUCGGGUGAUAGUCGCCUGCCGCUCAUUCUGCACUGCAUCGAGCGCGGCAAACAUGUCAUCCUUGAUCAUCCACUCGCCAGCAGCGAGGACUAUGUGAAGGCGGCAAAUGCGGCCCUCGGCGGUGACCACAUGGCCGCAGACAAGGCAAGUCCACGUAUACUGCUCCUAGACAGCACCACCACCCAACCCUUCCGUGGCGAGCACGGAGUGGAGUCCGUGGGCCUGCCCGCGUUGAACCCCCCCUCGCCGUCUUUUUCGCAGUCCUGCAAGACGCCUUCCUGUGCGAGCUUCGGGAGCUCCGCAGUGCUGCGAGCGGCAUCCGUCGAAGGAAAUGAUAUCGGUGAGGUGCGUCAUGUCCGGCUCCAUCUAUGUCUUCCUCUUCGUAGCGAGCAUGUGGCGAAAGGUGAUGGGGCAAAGCCGCGGCAGAACCCUUUUCAAGGUGCCACCGACGACCCUGCAACGGCAGCGUCGAUGCGCAUCAAAAUCAUAACGCGUAUCCUUGACUAUGGCGGUCCCCUCGGCGUUCUCGGCUUGGCUCCUCCAAGCACCUACGAAGUCGCUAUGAGGGCGCUUUUGACCAGGGCGAUGGUGUUUUUACUCCGUGUCGCGCGGUGGCAAGCCCCGAGCGGGGUGAUCGCGACCGCGGGGUCCGAACGCGGCGCCCCGCACGUUGUGGAAGGGGCUUUGUUUUUCUCUUGCGAGGAACCCCGUGGCGGGGUGCCAGGGACUCAAGAGGCGGGACUCCCAACGUCCGCCGGGGUGGACCCCCUGGCCCCGGGAGGGCUCGAUGGCGCGAGUGGCGGCCACGUGACGAUGCGGUUUUACCUCUCCGUCGAGCCCACGACGUCGUUUCUGCAGGUCUGUAAGGUCCACGGCACGCGAGGGGGGGUGGAGCGGCGGGAUGUUCUGAUGCCCACCGUCGCCUCGACCGGUACGGGCUCGCCCCCAUCACCCGCGGCCGUGGGAGGAGGGGACGGUGGCGUAGGGGCUUUUUGGCGUACCCUACGCAGCCUCCUACAGGAGGCGCCCACACACCCCUUCAGCACGCCGCAACGACCGACCUUCUCAAUCAGGGGCCGAGGGGGUUUUGGUAUGACGAACUCGCGGUUCCGAAGAGAUAGUCUUAAUUCAGCGCAAGGUCGCGUUCGGGACAUCAAAGUGAGCACUGUGGAUAAGUCUAUGCGUCUGGUGAUCAACAAAGACCAUGCAGGGAUGGUGCUGAUGAACAUGAGGCAAACAUGUUUGGUUCAUCGGGUGGUGGAGGCGGUGGAACUCUCCAUCAGCAUGUCGAACAUUUCGGGCAUGCCAAAGUAG